UUUACCAUUUUAUGCGGUCUAUCGGUUGUUUGCACGUUGAUAUGGCAACAGAAAAUGGCCGAAUCGGCCACCAGUUUUUAAAGAAUAAAUAGAUGCGUUUUACGUUUCUAGCCAGCCGGCAAUAGACUUUAAAUUGGCUUUUAGAUAAUGAAACAUGUUUAUAACAUUAUGACAAAAUGAUUUUGAAUAAAGCAACCUAUUUCCUUAAAGAUCACAUCCUUUGAAGACAACUUCCUGACUGUUAUAUCUGACUAUAUUGCUCUACAUUCCUUGGCAUUUAUCAGAUUUGACAGCAUGCUCCAAAUGCCUUCACAAUGGAUGGUUCCGCCAGGAAGAGAUAAUUAUUCAUUGAUUCCAAUAGAAUCACGACUUGUAGGAAGUCCUCCUUUAAACAUAUUUGCCUUGACAUUUCCAAUGAAUAUGUAUCGGUUAUCAGGAAUAAAUCCUUAUAUGACUGUUCCUAAUCAAAGAGAGAGACUUUCGUUUCCAUAUUUUGCAAAUAAUUGGCCACCAGUGCAGCCUGUAAGAUUUUAUCAUCCACAGAGACAUUUUUCAAGAGAUAGUUUAGGAGAAUCAUCAAGUAGCUGUGAUGGAAGUCUUUUAGGUUCACGGCCUUCAACUCCUCUAUCUUCUGCUAUUACUUUAGAAACUAAUUUAACAGAUCAAGACAAAAGUGCAUUAGGAGGUCUUAAACAGAGUCAAACAAAAGGACUAAAGCGACAACUCAAUCCAAAACAUUCACCUAAACGUACUCAAUCUUCUACAAAUAAUAAACAAAAUUUCAAAAGACAAAAGAAACAAAGUGACAAUUCAGUAUUUUCCACACAAAACUCUUCAGGAAGUAUUCAUUGGGAUAAGGUAAGAAAGUUAUCACAACAAAUCUGGACGCAUUAUCUAGAAAAUAAACAAACUAGAGAUAUAUAUGAACAGAAAAUAAGACUCAGAACAGCAGUACAUAAUAUUCUUAAUUGUGCUUUUAAUUUUGAAUGCAGUGUUUACAUUGUUGGUUCUUCAAUGAAUGGUUUUGGCACUACAACCAGUGAUGUUGACAUGUGUCUUAUGCUUUCUAAUACUGAGGUUGAUCAACAAACAGAAGCAACUCAGAUAUUAAAAUACAUUUUUAAGAUAAUAAGUAAAUGCAAUUUUGUUUCACACCCUACUCUAAUUAAUGCCAAAGUUCCUUUAUUGAGGUUUAUUGAUUGUAAUAGCGGCCUAUUUGUAGACCUUAAUGUAAAUAAUAUAGAAGGAAUCAGAAAUACUCAUCUUUUAAAAUGCUAUACCUGUUUGGAUUGGAGAGUACAGCCAUUAGUUUUGAUAAUAAAAGAAUGGGCUCAAGAAUAUAAUAUUAACAAUGCAAAAGAAAAAACAUUAUCUAGCUAUUCACUUGUUCUUUUAGUCAUCCAUUAUCUACAAUGUGGUUGUGUUCCUCCUGUAAUUCCAUGCUUGCAAAAACUGAAACCUAAUCUCUUUCUUUCCACUGGUGAUAUCAGAAGAUUAAAUACUCAAAAUCUACCAUCUUUUAAAUCAAAAAAUGAACAAGACUUGGGAGAACUUUUUAUAGGAUUUUUGGAUUAUUAUAGUAAUAAAUUCAAUUUCAGUAAAGAUGCCAUAUCAAUACGUUUAGGAUGUAAGUUACCAAAACAAACUGUGAUGUCUUAUAAAUCUCAGAAAAAUAAAAAAGGACACUGGAAAUAUAUAUGCAUUGAAGAACCAUUUUCUCGCACAAAUACAGCCUGUUCGGUGUUUGAAGAAAUUCCAUUUCAGAAAAUAAUGGCCGCAUUUAAAACUAGUUGGUUUAAGUUAAAGGAAAACAAAGAUCUCAAGUGCAUUUUGAAUAUAUGAAAAAAAAAAUUUAAGGCAAACUGUCUACUUAUCAAAUAUUUGUAAUACUAAGAAUAAAAUGCUCAGGAUCUCAUUGAUUUGUCAUAUAAUUUUUAUGAAGUAAAUGCUCAGGAGCUCAUCUGUCAUGAUAUCAUGGAUAUCAGAAAUUUAUCUUAUUGUUAUCUGUAAUAGCAUUUAUUUUCAAUGAGGUAAAUGCUUGCAUUACAAUCUUACCAUUAAUGUGUCAUUUAACAUCCAUAAACAAAUAUUUAAAGUUCAUCAUUUAACAAUGAUGAACUUUAUAUGUUUGAUGUGAUAUCAUAAGUGCAUAUUUUUAUAUUUCAUUAUCUAGUCUAUAUGCCACUGCCAU